ACUGAAAAUUCCUGGUUGUUGAGGAAUUGACAGGUCUCUAAUUUACCACACAUGUUUGAGAUUUCUCGCUCUCAAAAUUAUUUAUAUGAGAGAGGAGAAUAGUUUACUUAAGGAUUGAUGCUAUAACAAAGUUUUAUGCAAAAAUAGAAAGAAAAAAAAGAUGGUGCCUGUAGAUGGCAUUCCCAUACUGGUUUUUAGCUCCACUUUGUUGUUAAUUAUGACAAUCUCCUCUGCAGUUGACACCAUGAAUACAACUGAAUCUAUCAGAGAUAGCGAGGCCAUGGUCUCAGCCGAUGGAAGCUUUAAGCUGGGAUUUUUUAUCCCUGGCAGCUCCAAAAACCGUUAUUUGGGCAUCUGGUACAACAAAAUAUCUAACAGGAAUGUAGUUUGGGUUGCCAACAGGGAAAUCCUUCUCACCGAUUCGUCUGGUGUUUUAAGGCUUAACCACCGGGGAAUUCUUGUCCUCCUCAAUCAUAACGGGAACAUCAUUUGGUCGACCAACUCGUCGAGAUCUGUAAGGAAUCCAGUUGCACAGCUUUUGGAUUCAGGAAACCUUAUAGUGAAAGAUGAGGGUGACGGUAGCAUGGAAAAUUUAUUGUGGCAGAGUUUUGACUAUCCAUGUGACACAUUACUGCCAGGUAUGAAGCUUGGAAGGAAUACAACGACAGGCCUGGAUCGAUUCUUAUCUUCAUGGAAGACACCUGACGAUCCAUCUAGAGGUGUCUUUACAUAUGGAUUGAAAGCUGCUGGAUAUCCUGAAAAGGUUCUGCGAGCGAAUUCACUUCAGAUGUAUCGAUCUGGACCUUGGAAUGGUAUUCGAUUCAGUGGCUGUCCUCAAAUGCAGCCAAAUCCUGUGUACACUUAUGCGUUUGUUUUUACUGAAAAGGAGAUGUACUAUAGCUAUCAGCUUCCUGACAGAUCAAUCCUUUCAAGGGUAAUUCUUACUCAAAAUGGAAACAUCCAGCGCUUCACAUGGUCUAGUAGCGCACACAUCUGGGUAUUUUAUCUUACAGCACAAGUUGAUGAUUGUAACCGGUAUGUACUGUGUGGUGUAUAUGGUAGCUGUCAUAUUAACGAUUCCCCAAUGUGUGGUUGCCUGAGAGGAUUUAUACCGAAAGUUCCAAAAGAUUGGCAGAUGAUGAACUGGUCAGGUGGCUGUGAAAGAAGGACCCCCUUAAAUUGCUCAACAGAUGGGUUUAGAAAAUACUCUGGCGUGAAGUUGCCAGAGACAGCAAAUUCCUGGUUCAGCAAAAGCAUGAAUCUUGAAGAGUGUAGAAACAUGUGUACGAAGAACUGCUCCUGUAUAGCUUACACAAAUUUGGACAUCAGAGAAGGAGGAAGUGGAUGCUUGCUCUGGUUCAGUGACCUGAUUGAUAUCAGACGAUUAAAUGAAAAUGGGCAAGACAUUUAUGUACGGAUGGCUGCGUCAGAACUAGAUCACGAGGGUGAUACGAAGAAUAACUAUAAAUCCAAUAAAAAGAAACAAAUGAGGAUCAUAGUAAUCUCAACGCUGCCAACAGGAAUGCUUUUACUUGGCCUACUCUUGGUCUUGUGUUUUUGGAAGAAGAAACGGCAGAAAAACGGUAUUAUCGAAAGAAGCUCGAACAAGAGCAGCACCGAGCAAGAUCAAGAACUGCAGAUGUUUGACUUGGGUGUCAUGGCUAUUGCAACCGAGAAUUUUUCUGUUACAAAUAAACUAGGAGAAGGGGGUUUCGGACCAGUAUAUAAGGGAAUUUUGAAAGACGGGCAAGACAUAGCAGUGAAGAGGCUUUCAAGGAAUUCGAGACAAGGACUCGAAGAGUUCAUGAACGAAGUUAAGCAUAUUGCAAAACUUCAACACCGCAAUCUAGUUAAGCUCCUAGGCUGCUGCAUUCAAGAAGAUGAAAGGAUGCUAAUCUACGAGUUUAUGCCUAACAGAAGCUUGGACAGCCUGAUUUUUGGCAAAACUCGGAGCACACAACUAGACUGGCCUAAUCGCUACCAUAUUAUCCAUGGAAUUGCUCGUGGACUCCUUUAUCUCCACCAAGAUUCGAGACUAAGAAUAAUUCACAGAGAUCUGAAAGCCAGCAAUAUCUUGUUAGAUAAUGAUAUGAACCCCAAGAUUUCAGACUUUGGCCUAGCGAGGAGUUUUGGAGAAAACGAAACAGAAGCCAUCACAAGUAGGGUGGUAGGAACAUAUGGCUACAUAUCCCCAGAGUAUGCAAUUGAUGGUCUCUACUCAAUAAAAUCUGAUGUCUUUAGCUUUGGUGUAUUGGUGCUAGAGAUAGUGAGUGGGAACAGAAAUAGAGGAUUCUGUCAUCCAGACCACGACCUCAACCUUCUUGGCCAUGGUGGAGACUAUUUCAAGAAGGCAGGCAUUUUGAACUAA